AUGACCACAGUACUUACCUUAAUUUUACCCUUAAUUAAUAUGAACAAAUUUGUAAAAGAAAUAAAAACCUUUAAAAGAACCAUAUUACUUAAGGGAAGUCCAGCAUUCAAAAUUAGUGUAUGGUUUUCAGGAAUAACUGUUGGCCUCGUUUGGAUUUUAUUUAGCGAAUAUAACGAACCAAAAAAUAAUAAUUUGUUUUUUAAAAAGAAAAAAGCAGAUAUUUUUACCAAUGAGGAAAUUGAAAAAUGGAACAAACCGUAUAUAUCCAACGCGAAUAAUAAUUCUCUAAUACUUAAUUCGAAUUUAACAGCUGAUGAAAAGAGGAAGCAACUUUUAAAGGAAAUAAAAUAA